AGUGAGAGAGAGAGUGAGAGAGAGAGACUACUUCCUGAGUUUAGGGAAGGGGCUUGGUCCCGUGCCCGCGCCCCGCCGCGAACGCGCAUCAAAUUAGCAUCGAUGAAGUUUGUGCGAACAUGGCGGAUUUCCUGCCGACCAGGUCCGUGUUAAAAGUUUGCCUGCCCGUCUGCCUGUUGAACAACGGCGAGGUGGAACAGCUGAGGAAGUCCAAGGAGAUCGACAGAUGUCUCUCCCGGGAGAAAACCUACGUGAAGCGGCUGGUGAAGAUCCUGCUGCUGGGCGCUGGCGAGAGCGGCAAGUCGACUUUCCUCAAACAAAUGCGGAUCAUCCACGGCCAGGACUUCGACCAGCAAGCCCGAGAGGACUUCAAGGGCACGAUUUACAGCAACGUUAUCAAAGGUGUUCGCGUGUUGGUGGACGCCCGAGAGAAGCUGCACAUCCCGUGGGGCGACCAGGACAACCAGAAGCACGGGGACAGCCUGAUGGCGUUCGACACCCGCUCGGCUAAGGUGACCAGCGGGAAGCUGGAGACGUCCGUCUUCCUGCAGUACCUGCCGGCCAUCAAGGCUCUGUGGGCGGAUUCGGGCAUCCAGCACGCCUUCGAUCGCCGUAGGGAGUUUCAGCUGGGUGAGUCAGUGAAGUAUUUCUUGGAUAAUCUGGAUAAGCUCGGCGAGCCGAGUUACCUCCCCACUCAACAGGACAUCCUGCUCGCCCGUAAACCCACCAAGGGCAUCCACGAGUAUGACUUUGAGAUCAAGAACGUUCCCUUCAAGAUGGUGGACGUGGGAGGGCAGCGGUCGGAGCGGAGACGCUGGUUCGAGUGCUUCGACUCGGUCACCUCCAUCCUCUUCCUCGUCUCCUCCUCCGAAUACGACCAGGUGCUGAUGGAGGACAGGCAGACCAACCGGCUGCGCGAAUCGCUCAACAUCUUCGAGACCAUCGUCAACAACCGCGUCUUCGCCAACGUCUCCAUCAUCCUCUUCCUCAACAAGACGGACCUGCUGGAGGAGAAGGUGAAGAGCGUUCCGCUCAAGGACUAUUUUCCCGAAUACACCGGGACGGAGCACAGCCUGCCGGACAUCCAGGCGUUCAUGGUGGAGUGCUUCCGGGCCAAGAGACGGGAUGCCACCCAGAAGCCCCUGUACCACCACUUCACCACAGCCAUCAACACGGAGAACAUCAGGCUGGUGUUCCGGGACGUCAAGGACACCAUCCUCCACGACAACCUCAAACAGCUCAUGCUGCAAUGACCCCUGUCAACCUGUGAAAGUAGAGGACCUGAAUGGGGACAAACCACCCGCUCGCUCCUGAUAUGAGGACUUGGGAGAGACCAGCCUCAGAAGAAUCCGAUCGACGUCAGCAUUCUUCUUCAGCCGUUUUUAUAUUAGUUUUUACUCUCCUCUUUUGAAGAGUUGGCCUUCUUGUUAGUUCGGGGUUUGGUAGGGGAAUGAGUCAGUAGGACAGACUGUCUGUGGUUAUAAAGAAAGACGAGCAGACAGUUUGGAUGUCGGAUAACAUCUGAUCUCCGCUGCUGCGUCUUGAGACACUCUCCUCUGGCCUGAGCGCCGACCUUACAGCACAAGACUCUCUGGGGGGGCUUUUCGACUCACAAGGUGUCUGUGCUGGCGCCAGUGCAGACGCCAAAAACAUUUAACAAACCAGGCAUUGGGUGUCUAAACCAACUUGCCAAGCAACAAAUACAGGCACGGCGAAAUACGUACUUCGGUUAAAUAGUUAGGCGAUCACCUGUGCCAGUCUGUGUCCAAGCACUGAAUUUACUUAGUCCAAAAUCACUCCUUUUUUAUUUCCGUCGCUCUCUCCAGUGCUGCUUUGUGAGCCCCCGUAGUUCAUAGAAGGGUUUGUCAACUUUAACUGAUCAUCUGGAGACUGCACAAUAUCCUUGUUCCCUCCCUCUUCCCGUCCCAGUCAUCGCUUUUUGUUCGGUUCAAGAUCAGCAGGUCGAAGAAGAAAGUGCCGGCACAGAGCCAGUUUUUUUGCCAGUACAGGGGCCAGCUCACUGAUGGUGAUGGUGAUGGUGAAAGCGCUGUGGUUUAAAGAUUUGAUGCAGAUUUGAUGCUCCAGCACUGGCACCUUGUCAGUGGAAAGAAAUUAAAAUAAAACAAAUGCUAGAAAAGAGCGCAACCGCGAGACUGAACCCCCACGAUGCCUUUCCAUAUAAUGUCUUAAGGAGACUUAAUCACUGUUGCAAAUCCUGCAUUUGUGCCUGUUUGCCUCUAGAAUUAAAAUAAACCAUAGCUGCCUUCAAAUCGAUAUGUUUCCAUGCAGGUUGUCCUGAAUAUAUAUAUUAUUUUUGGUUGUUUAGAGGGCAGAAAUAACCUUUCAUUGGCACAUUUUUAGGCAGGCGUGCCAGCAAGUGAACAUGCAGUCCACUGUUUUCUCAGGGUUGAAUCAAAACCAGCAGUUAACGCUGAUGUCAUUGUUGGUGAACUAACUGAAUAAUCUAAUCUUUCUCUGGGUGGCGGAGCAGCGAGACUCAGCCAGGCCUCAUUACAGUUAGCUGGGUGGUGUUUGGUACUGUAUCCUCCUGACUUUAACCCAGACUCCCCCCUCCUCUUCUGUUUCUCUCUCUCUUUAUACUCAUCUCUGAUCAGAGGCCUCGUAAAGGGACAGACCUCCCGUUUGCCUGAUGAAUGUCUGUUAAUAGAUGUACAGAGAUUUGCUCUAGAUUGUCUGAAUAUACUGUAACCAGCAUUGUUAUGGUGAGAUGUAACCUGUCCUGUGAGAAUAUCUGUGUUGGCACUGAGUUGUGACUCUGAAAAUGCAAUCUUGUGCUGUUUAGGAGUUCCCUUUGUAAAAAAAAGUUGAAUACUUUUGUCAGUGACUGUAUUCUGUAGAGGGGCCAAUCUUUGUUAGAGGACAACUUCCAGGCACUGUUAAAAUCUGUGUUUCUGCCAAAAUCACCCCGUGCUUUUUUUUCUUUUGGGACUGUUCACAAGGAUGGUCCCAAAAAUAAAACUCCUGUGACUUUCUUCAGUCUUUGCUUUCAGUUUUUCUUUUCGUUUUGCUUUGUACAUACUGUAAUCUGUUGCCAUGUAAAUAAUAUUCAGGUUUAUCUCCAUAUAUGUAAAUGGUUGUAGAAAUGGCGUUUUUUUUUUCCUCCCCCUCAUUCUGAAUGUGUUUUUCAAAUCACUGCUUUUUUUUUCUAAUGAAGAUGAUCUUUUUUUCGAUGUAGAUGUAUUUCUGUGUAAUUUCCUUUCACCACCUUUUUAUUUUGAAAUUCAUUCCUGUGCCAAGUCUCAUGCCACUCUAACCCUAUCAAUAAAAUACACUUUUCUAAUGAA